AUGGUUUCAGCUUCACUCCCCACAACAUACAAAGCCGUGAUUCUUACCCAAGCCAACGCACCAUUCAAGCUUCACGACGUGAAACUUCAACAUCCAGGACCGGGCCAAGUCCUUGUCAAAGUGUUAGCAUGCGGCGUGUGCUUCUCAGACAUCGCAGUAGCCCAGAGCCACCUCGGAGAUGUCUUUCCUAGAACUCCAGGCCACGAACUCAUCGGAGAUGUCGUUGAACUGGGCCAGGAUGUCAAUCGGUUUACUAUAGGGGAGCGAGUCGGAGGCCCUUGGCAUGGCGGGCAUGACGGCAGUUGUCGACAAUGCCAAAAAGGAAGGUUUCAGAUGUGUGAACACCAAACGAUUAACGGAGUUACCCAAGAUGGUGGUUUUGCCGAGUAUGUACUUCUCCGUCAAGAAGCCAUAGUCCGUAUUCCCAAAGAGAUGAACCUAGCAGAAGCCGCCCCUCUACUCUGUGCAGGAGUCACAGUCUUCAACGGCAUCCGGAAAUUGCAGGUUGAACAGGGCGCCAUUGUUGCUAUUCAGGGUCUCGGUGGCUUAGGCCAUCUUGCCGUUCAGUAUGCGAGCAAGAUGGGAUAUGAGGUCGUAGUUCUUUCAUCCGGCGACGACAAAGCUGCCUUUGCCACACAACUCGGCGUGCAUCAUUACAUCAACACGAAAAAGGUCGACGGCCCUACUGAACUUGCUAAACUUGGUGGCGCCUCUAUUAUUGUUCAAACGGCACCAAACGCCGAAAUUAUAGGCCGACUGGUCGAUGGACUUGCCCCUGGUGGUAAACUGCUUUGUUUGGCUCCUGUUGGUGGGGUGGAAUUCGAUACCGCUGUGCUUGUUAAUGGAGGUCGAAGUGUUCAUGGGUGGCCUAGCGGCCAUGCAAUUGACAGCGAAGAGGCGAUUCAGUUUGCUCAGCUGCAUGGCAUCAGGUGCAUGGUGGAAGAGUAUGCUUUGACAAAUGUUCAAGAAGCGAUCGCUAGUCUCCUGGCAGGAAAGCCUCGCUUUAGAAAUGUCCUGGUGAUGAAGUAA